AUGAACAAACUCCGACCUCUAAUAAUUCCACCGUUGUCCGAUCACACGGCUACGUUAAUAUUCUUGCAUGGUAGAGGAGAUACAGGCUUCGGAUGGAAGGACACGUUUGAAGGAGAGCUAAGGUUACCCCACUUCAAGGUUAUCCUACCCCACGCCCCCACACGGCGACUAGCCAGAUGUGGAGGUGUUGCCAUGCCUGCUUGGUACGACUCGAAAGCGUUGGCGUGGGACGGUGGAGAGGUCGCAGAUCACGUUGAAGCCAGCAGAAGGGUGGUGUUCGAUCUGAUCGACGAGGAAGUGAAGAAUGGGAUUCCAGGAGACAGGAUUCUGGUGGGAGGAUUCUCUCAAGGCGCCGCGGUCUCUCUUUUCUCUGGCCUGACGUAUCACAGAAGGCUGGCUGGUGUGAUUGCCUUGUCAGGCUAUCUACUACAACAUAAUAGAUUCCCCGGAGAGUGUCAGGCCAACAAGAACACGCCAAUCUUCUUCGGAUGCGGAGAUUCUGAUUCCAUCGUGCCGUACGAAGGUUUGAUGAAGAAGAGCUACGAUUACAUUGACGGGUUUCAAGAUGGCAUUCAGUUCCAUGUCUACCGUAACCUCGACCACGAGAUUAAUCAUCAGGUAAGAUACUGUUCACAAUAUGAGUUUACAACUCAUUAAACUAGACAUUUUAAAACAAUCAACCUCACUUAUAACUUAAAAUAUAAGUUUAGGAAUUAGACGACAUCAAGGAUUUCAUAGAGAAGGUAGCGCCCAGGAACUCUUAA